GUAUAUAAUAAUACUGUGGUAACAUAUGGUGCUGCCACGGAAGACUAUUUGAAGGAUGGCGGUACGCCAAUUUCUAAUUUUGUGCCAGCGGGUGAUGGAAUUUUUCCAGGAAUUGGUGUUCCAGCCGUUGCAAUAUCUGGUGCCAGUGCCGCUUUACAAUGGCGGUGUCUGGAUUCUCUGAGUCUGUAA